UAUAUAAGAAAUAUAUGUGAACUUUAUGUAUAAAAUUCAAAUAUUAAAUUUUAAAAAGUAAGUCUUUAAAAAAAAAUCUCAUAGAUGAAAAGAAUUAGAAAUUAAAAAUAAAUAAAUAAAGGAGGGACCGGAAGAUAGAAACGCAGAAAAACUGAAUUUUAAACACUGGAGGAAGGCAGCGAAACAUGAGUGCCAUGGUUCAUGGCAAGCCGCACUUCUCCACUUUGCUUAAUCAUCACAAGAAUCUUCUAUCGCCCCCCAAGAAUUCUGUUCAACAAUGCCCUACAAAUCUUUUCCUUUUCUGCACUUCUUGCUCCAAACCAAUCAAAACCAUCCGCCAAGAUAAAAACUUUUUCCUGUAUUUACCAGGAAUGCUCCAAUCACCACUCCCUAAAUCCAGGCAAGCAAGCCCAUGCUCGCAUGAUCGUAUCUGGUUUUGUCCCUACAGUCUUUGUCUCAAAUUGUUUGAUCCACUUGUACGUGAUAUGUUCCCAUUUGAACUACGCGUACAAAGUGUUCGACAAAAUGAAUCAAAGGGAUGUGAUUUCUUAUAACACAAUGAUAUUCGGGUAUGCUGGCUGUGGAAAAAUGGAUAUUGCAAGGAAUUUUUUUAUUGGCAUGCCCCAGAGAGAUGUGGUAUCAUGGAAUUCUAUGAUUUCUGGGUUUCUACAGAACGGAGAGUGUCGAAAGUCGAUUGAGUUUUUCGUGGACAUGGGUAGAUCGGGCAUAGGGUUUGACCGAACUACUUUUGCUGUUGUUCUGAAAGCCUGUGCGGUUCUGGAAGAGGGUGCAGUGGGGAUUCAGGUUCAUGGGCUUGUUAUCCGAAUGGGAUUUGAUAAUGAUGUAAUUACAGGGAGUGCUUUGUUGGAUAUGUAUGCGAAGUGUAAGAGAUUAGAUGAUUCACGUCGGGUUUUUGGUGAAAUUCCAGAGAAGAAUUGGGUUUCUUGGAGUGCCAUGAUUGCCGGUUGUGUUCAAAAUGACCAGUAUAUGGAGGGUUUAGAGUUGUUCAGCGAGAUGCAAAAGGCUGGAAUUGGGGUCAGUCAAUCUAUCUAUGCUAGUGUUUUCAGGUCCUGUGCAGGGCUGUCUGCACUAAAACUGGGCUCUCAGUUUCAUGGCCAUGCCUUGAAGUGUGAUUUUGGAUUGGAUAUCAUUGUAGGAACUGCCACUUUGGAUAUGUAUGCAAAAUGCGGUAGCAUGGCAGAUGCUCAAAAGUUAUUUAACUCAUUGCCAAAACAUAGCUUGCAAUGUUAUAAUGCCAUUAUUGUUGGGUAUGCUCGAAAUGACCAAGGGUUUGAAGCUUUACUAUUAUUUCAGCGUUUGCUGAAGUCUGGCCUUGGUUUUGAUGAAAUUAGUUUAUCUGGGGCAUUUAGUGCUUGUGCAUCCAUCAAAGGGGAUCUGGAGGGGCUUCAAGUACAAGCAUUAGCAGUUAAGACUACUUUUAGGUCAAACAUUUGUGUGGCAAAUGCCAUUCUUGACAUGUAUGGUAAAUGUGGAGCAUUGGCUGAAGCUGUUUGCAUGUUUAAUGAGAUGGAAAGAAGAGAUGCCGUGUCUUGGAAUGCAAUUAUUGCAGCUCAUGAGCAGAAUGGAAGUGAAGAGGAUACACUUGCUCUUUUUGUAUCAAUGCUCCGCUCAAGGAUGGAGCCUGAUGAGUUCACUUAUGGAAGCAUCUUGAAAGGUUGUGCCAGUGAGCAAGCUUUGAAUAGUGGUAUGGAGAUCCAUAGCAGAAUUAUCAAAUCUGGAAUGGGGUUGGACUCCUUUGUAGGAGGUGCUCUUGUUGAUAUGUAUUGCAAAUGUGGAAUGAUGGGAGAGGCAGAGAAAAUUCAUGACAGAACAGAAAAACAAACAAUGGUUUCAUGGAAUGCAAUUAUUUCUGGAUUCUCACUGCUAGAACAGAGUGAGAAUGCUCUUAGCUUUUUCUCUUGGAUGUUGGAAAUGGGUGUGAAGCCAGACAACUUCACUUAUGCAAUAGUUCUGGAUACUUGUGCUAAUUUAGCCACUGUUGGAUUGGGAAAGCAAAUGCAUGCUCAAAUCAUUAAGCUAGAAUUACAUUUGGAUGUAUAUAUAUCCAGCACUCUUGUUGAUAUGUACUCAAAGUGUGGAAAUAUGGAAGAUUCCCAACUAGUGUUUGAGAAAGCACCUAAUAGGGAUUUUGUAACAUGGAAUGCAAUAAUUUGUGGCUAUGCUCAGCACGGUCUUGGGGAAGAGGCCCUUAAAACUUUUGAGAAUAUGCAACUUCAGAAUGUAAACCCAAACCAUGCAACUUUUGUUUCGGUCCUUAGAGCUUGUGCGCACAUGGGACUUGUUGAUAAAGGGUUACAUUACUUCAAUGCAAUGGUAAGUGAGUAUGGCUUAGAUCCUCAAUUAGAGCAUUAUUCGUGCUUGGUUGAUAUAAUAGGCAGAUCAGGCCGUGUAGGUGAGGCUUUGCGUCUUAUACAAGAGAUGCCUUUUGAAGCUGAUGCCGUUUUGUGGAGAACUCUACUUAGUAUUUGCAAGAUCCAUGGGAAUGUUGAGAUUGCAGAAAGAGCCACAAAUUCUAUCUUGCAAUUAGACCCACAGGAUUCUUCUGCUUACAUUCUUCUAUCAAAUAUUUAUGCUAAUGCAGGAAUGUGGGCUAAGGUAUCAGAGAUGAGAAAAAUGAUGAGGCACAAUAAACUAAAGAAGGAGCCAGGUUGCAGCUGGAUUGAGGUAAAAGAUGAGGUGCAUGCGUUUCUUGUUGGGGACAAGGGUCAUGGGAAGUGUGAAGAGAUUUAUGAAGUGCUUGGUUUGCUAAUUGGCGAGAUGAAUUGGGAUGGAUACACGCCUGAUGUUGAUUUUUCCUUUGAUGAGGAGGCAGAAGAAUAUGAGCUGGCAGAAGAGCUAAGAACCAGUACUUACAAUCUAUAGUUCAGCAACUGACCUGGUAAAUAUGGGAUUUUUGAACUGUUUACCCAUGUCAUUGGAGUUCUGAGUUAAGAAAAGAAAACUAAAAUUUUGACUAACAAGUCCUGUGACAGAUUCAGCAA